GAAUACUUCAAAUACUUCAAACAAAGUUUAAUGUGUCACUGUCAGAUUAAACGAGAAAACGGCCUUAAAUCUUUAACUUUUCAAACAGUUUCGCUUAUUAUAUUGUUUUUAAAUAAUAAAAUGAAAUUGCGUUUUUGAUUAUAAAGAUGGAAGCAUCCGGAUUAGUAUCGGAAUUACCAACUAAAAUGGCUCAUUUAGAUAUUAUGGAAAUAGGGGAAAACAUUGACGCUAAUGUUGCACCUGAAACAACAAAUUCCCGAGUGUUAAGGAAAAGAAAACCCUUUGUCCCAGAACCGAGUAAAUCGUCUAAUCGUAGAGUUAGUAUGAAGCCUCGCAAACAUAAUAUAACAGAAAACGCGAAUUCUAAACAAAUAGAAGCAUUAUAUCUCAAUAAGAAAAUCAAGUCUCUGACUCAAACUCUAGAAACCAUUUAUGAGGAGCCAAAACCUAGUACUGCAGAAUCCGAGACAUACAUCGGAGGACGAAAGAUAAAAAGACUAUUGACAUUCCAAAUAGGUAGCCAAUACACAAAAGAAAAAAUUAAAAAACGUAGAGCAAAAAUCAAGAAGCUUCUUGGAAAUAAAACAUUUGUUAAUAGAAAAAAGAUACCAAUGCAUGUGUUUCUCAAAACAAUUGAGUGUUUGGAGUUAGAUGAAGUAAUUCAUUCUGAGAGUAAGACUAUUGAUAAUGUCACAGUAUAAUAUUAGAUGAUUUACCUACGGUAUUUUUGUCAGUGUUUAUUGUAAAAUCAAUUAUUAAUCAAUAAUUAAGUUAUACUACUACUGUGACUUUUAAUAAAGAUUUGUUCCAUUUG